AUGGGUUUCAUCGACUUCAUUUCCGACGCUGGCCUCACUCUCCUUGAGAACUGGACCAAGACCCGUUCCUACAUUGUUGGCUACGGUCCUUCCCAGGCCGAUGUCAAGACCUUCCAGGCACUGAAGGCUUCCCCCGACGUCGCCAAGUACCCCCACGCCUACCGCUGGUACAAGCACAUCGCCUCUUUCGAGUCCGAGUUCUCUUCGCUCCCCGGUGACCCCACCAAGGAGUUCACUGCCUACGGCCCCGAGUCCGCUGAGCUCACUGUCAACCCUUCCAAGGCCACUGCCAACGCUGAGGAGGAGGACGAUGACGACGUUGACCUUUUCGGUUCCGAUGACGAGGAGGAGGAUGCUGAGCACGCUCGUAUCCGUGAGGAGCGUCUCAAGGAGUACGCCGCAAAGAAGGCUGGCAAGACGAAGCCCGCUGCCAAGUCGAUCCUCGAGGCCAACGUCCGUUCCAUCGAGAAGGACGGUCUCGUCUGGGGUGCCUCCACCCUUGUCCCCGUCGGUUACGGUGUCAAGAAGCUCCAGAUCAACUUGGUCGUCGAGGACGACAAGGUCUCGCUCGAUGAGCUGCAGGAGCAGAUCGCCGAGGACGAGGACCACGUUCAGUCCAGUGACAUUGCUGCCAUGCAGAAGCUGUAA